CGCUAAGGGGUCCACACGCUCCGUUGCUUGCCUUUCACAGACGCCGAUGCCGAGCUCGGACUCGGGGCACCGCCGCGGCCACCGUCUCCGCUCAUAUAUACGCAGACCAAGCAAACCAACCAACCCGCACGCCAUCACGCAGCAGCGGCGCCGGGUAGCCAGCAAGAACAUCUCCGCUCUCUUCCACAAGAUCCUCGAGCCGAUUCGGCGGUCGGCCAUUUGAGAGGAAGGGCGAGGCGCUUCCGCCGGCCUUGUUGGCGCGCAUGGAGAGGUUCGCCGCCAUGGUCAGCAGCCGCCGGGCCGCAGCCGCCCCCGCUCCGGCUGCGGCUGCGGCCCCGGGGCCCGACGAGGAGGAGGUGAAGGGGAAUGCCGAGGGGAUGAAGCUGUCGGCGGAGGACGAGGCGUACCUGAGGAUCCAGCUGGAGGAGAUCGUCGUCGUCAAGAACGAGGACGUCACCCGCCUCGCCGCCGCGCGCGGCAGCAGCUACCUCGGCGGCGCCGCCUCCCGCUCGUGCGCGCCCGGCGCGGCCGCGGUGGCGGGGUCUGCGCAUGCACCCGCGGUGAGCUCGGCUGGGGCGGCGGCGGCGGCCCGGGGCGCGCUGUCGACCACCGUGGGCUGGAUCGUUGGCUCCAACUAGAAGAGGGUCGCUGCUGUUUCUGUACUUCCGUCGAAGGAUCCAUCGAACUGGUGAGCCGAGGUCUAGGGGUUUUUUUGGUAGAUCUAAAUCUUGCUCUUGUUCUUGGUUGGAGGCGAGGGGAUCGGUUCUUGGGAUCGAAUUGGUAAACUUGCAUUGUCUCAAACUGGCCCAAUUGAUACCAAUUCGGCGGAUUAUUUGGCUUUGCGGCGGCAAUUUGAGUUGAAUUACGCGUUAUCUGUUAAUUCGAGUUCGUGUUGUCGUGGAA